AUGAGCCGCACAGAGAGUGCAGCCGCCGUAGCGCGUGGCGAGGAUGUUCGCGAAGACACGCAGAACGUGGAAACGAGUGUCUUCACGGAAGACGACCAGCAAAUUUUGGACUUGGACUCGGAGGUGAUCACCGAUGUACAUCUGGACGGCAUGGCCCUGAUGAAGAUGAUCAAGCACUGUAAGGACAACCAUGCGGUCAAUGGCAGCAAUGCUUGGGGCGCUCUGCUCGGUAUGGAUAUGGGUGGUACUCUUGAGGUGUCGAAUGUAUUUGGUCUGCCCGGUAUGCGCGCAGAGCGUGGCGAUGAGGACGAGCGCACCACCAAGUCGUCGAUGCAGUACAUGGCUGAGAUGCUGCGUCUACUGCAUCAGGUGAAUGCGGAUGUGAGCCCGGUCGGUCUGUACCAGGGCAGUUUUCUCGGUCCGUUUUUGAAUACGGCUAUCGUCGAUGGCCUCAACACACUUUCGCUGCUCAUGGAGCGUGAGGGACAGCGAGGCCGAGGCAAGGCUGUGAUGCUCGUGCACGACUAUGCACAGCUGGCCCAAGGAAACUUGGUCCUAAAGGCAUACCGUCUUUCUCCGUCGUUCAUCGAUGCAUACCGCAAAGGCAAGUUUUCCGCUCAGCAUCUGAUCGAGCACCGCCUGACAUUUUCGAAUGUGCUGAUCGAAAUCCCUGUUCAUGUCCGGAACACGGCACUUAUGGAUGCGAUGCUUUCGACUCUCACGACUGAGAAUGUGCCAGAGUCGCGCAUCGCGCCGCGCACAUCCAAGGAGCUGCUGACGCACCCUAUCGAUAUGCAAGUGGCGCCAGACAAUAUGGACCUGAACUUGGCCCUGGAGCCCGUGCUUGUCUCGACGCUCGAGUCGACGCUGGAUGCCGCGGAGGCCUACGCGAGCGAGUCUGGUAAUGUAGGCUACCAAGCGCGCCAGAUCGCACGCGAAAAGGCUCGUGCUGAUGCGUUCUUGACGCGCCGCAAGGCGGAGAAUGCGACGCGCGAAUCCGCCGGACUCGCGCCGUUGCCGCUGGACGAGGUGAACAAGCUGUUCAAGAUUCCCGCAGAGCCGAACCGGCUCGAAAGCCUGCUUCUACUCAACCAGCUCGACAGUGCCGCCCAGCGCCUCACGGAAACAGCGACUAUCGGCACGGUCCAGCUUAACGCUGCUCGGACGGGCACGGCAUAA